AUGCCGAUGAUGCUCACCCCAGAAUACAUGCCCGCCAUCCUGGACAAAAAACAAACGCUUCCCGGCUCCUUUUACGGUCACCCAAUACGGACAGCUAGUAAAUGUGGCCAUGCAAUUCACCCUUCGAGUUCGACACAUGUGCCAUGGUGCCCUCGAUGCGCUCUCUCCCGGGCCCGUGCAAGGUCCGACGCCGCGUUGAAGAAGCUGGCCAGCCAAGGGGGCUUGAAACCCCCCGAGCCCAUGCGCAACCAGCGGUGGAACAAGGCCAGAAAGGGGUAUUUCAUUGCAAAGCAGCGCUUCGAGAAAACGAGGAGAGACGAUCAACUCCGCUGGGAGCGGGAACAAUUGUGGGACGACGCACACAGACGAUCAGACCCGCGGUCAGCCCAGGCAGCAGUCCUAUCCCAGAGCCCCUCGCUCUGCACCAUCUGUGACUCUAUGUCAGCCUCGUAUCCAACCAGUGUACCCGAGGCGCAGGCUGCAGCGUACAAUGUGGCUUGGUGGGAAAAGGCCGUCGCUGCCCCUAUCACGUCACGGCCCCUCGACUCCAGCACACCGCCACGGCCUCCGCCUCGGCCAGCAUGCACCACCACUCAGCACUGGCGGCCGCCAGCAAAACCACAACAAGGCAACCCCGAAUUGCUCCAAAUCAUCAACAACCACCGCCACUAUAUGCAGCAGCAAAACGCCCUCCGCGAGGCCUGGAACGCCCGAAACAAGACAGAAGCAGCGGUGCGCCUCAAGCACGGCCUGAGCCCCGACUUUGAAAUUGCCGCCACCUUCUGGGACUUGCCUAUGCCCGGCUUCUUUAGCUGGCGCAACUACCGCAGCAUCCAGGAACAGGGUCGCAUGGCGGAGCGCCGAGCACGUGGAAACACGACGCGGCCUCGUCCUCCGCGCAGCUCUCUAUCCUACUCGGAGUCGUCGGAGCAAGUGCAGGUCGAGCCGGAAUUCAUCGAGACGCUGAAACAGCGUGAGGAGCGCGAGGAACUGGAGCGCCAGACGGCAAAAGUCGCGGGCCAGGUCGGCUACUUGUACUUUGUUGGUGGUGGUGGUAGCGUCAAUGGUUUGGAAAUAUGGCAUGAUGACGUCGAGCGCAGCGACAAGAACCUCGUUGUCCGCAUGCGGCGAUCCCCGUCUGAUACAUCUGGUAGUGAAGACUCGCAGGACAUAGACGACGAUGACGAUGAUCCCGAUUGGAUGGACAUCGAUGUCCCAUAG